AUGAAUAUUGUUUACCAAACAUCGUCGGUAGCCUCAACAUCCAGGCCGUCUUUCAUUCAUCCAUCGAGAAGCAGUGCUGUUGGAAGUGAUCUUCCUGAUGAUUUGGGGUCGAGUGGCGACUUAGAGCCUCCAAACCCGUCCAAUCAUGUUCAUCAAACCCCAAAUGCUACAAAUAACAACCAUCCUCGUGGAGCAAGCCAAAAAUCUUCAAAUCAUCACAGUAAAACUCAUAGAAACGCCAAUCAUGAAAAGAAGAAGAAAAGAGCACUCAAUUUUCUAAACAACAUUCCUACAACACACAUUCCCGCAAGUAACAACAACAACAACAACAACAAGCAGCAUGUUACAAGUGCAUCUCCAACUAAUAGUAUACAAAGCAACAACAAUAGCGAAGGGGAAAGCAAAGCCAGCGUUGGUUCUUUGACGUCAACACCAACAAACAACACUCUACCAACCACUGGUGCUCCAACAGUCUCUUCUUUUGACCAAAAUAUUUCUGAAAAAUCAAAUCUUGUAGAACAACCAACGGAUGAACACUCAUCACACGGUAAUCACAACAAUGGAUCAAACAAACUCACUGUAAAUAUUCCUAAAAGUAAUCCCACAGUCGUUGCUAACCCGAUCAUUGGACAUGGAUCUAAAAUCACUAAUAAUUCCAAUGUCACCACUACUGCUGGUUCAAAGGCAAACAAUCAUCAACCUCAAGAACCUGGAAGAGAACAUCAAAAACAACAUCAUCACCACAGAUAUCACCAGCAACACCUUAAUCAUCCCAAACAUCAUCAUCAUUCUAACAAAUCUAAAACUAAAGAAAAGGCUCUCGAUUUUUUGAGCAACAUUCCAAUGAAAAAGGCAGAAGAGAUUCCAAAGCCAGAAAUAACGUCACAACCACAGCAUCAUGUAACAUCAUCUCCAACAAAACGUCCACCUACUCACCCAAAGUAUACUCUUCCAAAACAAAUCAAGAAGAUUACCUCUUUAGAAGAAGUAUUUAACUCUACUCAUAUUGAGGAUCAUGACAGUAACAGUGACAAUCAAAAAGAAAGUGAAGAGUCAAAUGAUGACGAGUAUAUACGUCGCUUACACUUCAUGGAAAAGUCGGCUCCAGUACCAUUUUUAGUUUGUUCAUUUAUCAAACCAAAGAAAUCUAUUCCUACCAAUACAAUUCAACACAUACCAUUACCUGGAAACGCUCCUAUACCAAGCACAAACGUUGGCACUUCUAACUCCCCUCUGGAUCAUGCUAACCUGGAACCUCCAACGCUUUCAAUGGAAGAGUUAGUCAAUAAGCAAAUGGAGUUAGAGGCAAUUACUUAUAGCAAGAAACCAACGAGCUACAGAAGCUAUAUUUUAGAACCUUCCCAAUCGAUAUAUGAUCCAUUGUUUUUAGAUGAUCCAAAUAUCAGAACAGCGAGCAAAAGAAAGGUGAUGACAUUCCCUGGUUUAAUGACUUCAACAAUUCCCUUUUUAAAAUCAAAAGCUUUAAAGAAGGAUUUGAAUGAACAGUUCAGACAACAGCAUGAAAAUUGUUUAUUAACUCUAUCCAAGAUUAGAAAUCUAAAAAGAAAAAUUGUGAAAGUUGUUCUGAGGGAGAGACCAGACGAAUUAGCAAUCGCGGCUGUUGCUUUUGUUUAUCUUGAGAAAAUGAUUUUGAAGAAUCUUGUUCAUAAGGCCAACAGGAAACGAAUAGCUGCUGCUUGCUUAUUCUUGGCCUUUAAGGUUAACCUUGAAAGUACGCACGAACAACGAAAACAAGUAACAGCUGAAUUUUUAGAUGAAAUAGAGAAUGUUUUUGACGUAAGUCGGAAGAAAGUUGUACCAACUGAAUUUUUUGUUAUGGCAGAAGGUCUUCAUUUUAAAAUGAUUGUUGAUCCAAAGGAAAUACAACCACACUUGCAAAGACUAAUGAGCAAUGAGGAAGAUCAAAUCAUUCAACAACCUGAUUUUUAA